UCUCUCUCUCUCUCUCUCUCUCUCUCUCUCUCUGUCUGAGGAAGUGGGCGUCUCUGACACAUUCAGCUCUUCAUGUUAAACAUGUAACCAGGAAAGAAACACUGAAAACUCAUCUGAACACACACCGAGAGCUUCAGAAGAACUGAAUCUACUAACAACAGAGAAGAUCAUUUAAUAAGAGAGAAGAAUGAAGAUCAUCUGGACUUUCACUCUGAUGAUGAUUCCUGGUGUCGUGAGCUCCAUGAGUGUAACAGGAUAUUCAGGAGGCGGAGUCAACAUCACAUGCAAAUAUGAUGAAGGAUAUACAAAGAAUAAAAAGUAUUUUUGUAAAGGACAGUGGUCAGACUGUACAGACCAAAUCAAGACUGAUAUUAAAGAUAGUUGGUUUAAUAAUGGAAGAUUCUCUCUGUAUGACGACACAAGUUCAGCAGUCUUCACUGUGACCAUCAGAGGACUGAGAGAAGAGGAUUCUGGGACGUACCAGUGUGCAGUUGAUAUCCCUAAAGAAAAAGAUCCCCACACUGAAGUGAAGCUGAAGGUUUUAACAGGUGAGAAACUGAGAUCCUCAAACUCAUGA